UAUUUGUAAAAAUAUUUAACAGUAAUUAAAUACGUAAAAUUUAAAGCUUAUAAUGAAACUUCAACAUUAUAUGCGAUCAACGUAUAAUGAAACAGAUAAGUUUCUAAAAAAUUUCAUUUUCCGAUAAUUUUCUUAUUAAUUUACUAAAUAUUAUUAUAAUUUCUAAUUUUUCUCUUUCUAGCGUUUUACAUACCCUCAAGAAACCAUACAACUAAAAAGAACUUGUAUCAUAAAAAGAAAUGCAAUGAUUUUGUUUGAAAAUCAUAACUAACAACGUUUCCAGUUUUAUGGUGAAUAGCUUAAUGCAGCAAUUAUGGCAUGCCAGAUUUUCUGUAUGAUCAAAAUUAACGCAUUCCUCGAGAUCUUCUCGGAUCUCCCCUUCUCUUCAUCAUUCCCUUCCACUAUAUGAUCAUCAACAUGACGUUUCGAUGCUUGUUAUUGCGGGAAACAUUCACUAAGUUCGACAAUUGCAACUCCAUGGCACACGCGACUGUUAGCUCCUCUGUUGAGACAAAACAGCAAGAUGAAGAAAAUGGAAAUGAAAAUGUCACCUGUAACUCAAUGGACUGCCGGGGUACGUCAACUAUCAUGGAACCCCCAGAUGGAGGAUGGGGCUAUUUUGUGGUUCUCGCAUCCUUCUUAAUUCAUGUAAUUGCGGACGGCGUUACGUAUUCCUUCGGAAUUUUUUACUUAGAAUUUUUGUAUUAUUUCGAGGAGGGAAAAGGUACCACCGCGUGGAUUGCUUCGAUAUUAGUCGGGGUAACUUUAUGUUCCGGUCCAAUAUCGAGCUUGUUUGUAAAUAAAUACGGAUGUCGAGUGGUGACCAUUGUUGGCUCGAUAUUAGCGAGUGCAUCCCUGUUUGCAAGUAUGUGGGCUCAAAAUGUUGUCACAUUGUAUUUUACAAUUGGUAUUGGAACAGGCCUAGGUUUCGGCUUAAUCUAUUUACCUGCAAUCGUAAGUGUAACAUGCUACUUUGAAAAAUACCGUUCUCUUGCUACGGGCAUUGCAGUAUGUGGUUCUGGAUUAGGCACAUUAAUUUUCGCCCCCUGUUUAAAGUACCUUAUAUCAGAAUAUGGAUGGCGAGGAGCGAUUAUGAUUUGCUCCGGAAUUGUUUUGAAUUGCAUCGUUCUAGGAGCCCUUUUCAGGCCCCUCGAAACGAAUAAACGAAAGAAGAAAAGUUCUCCAGAGAAAUGUUCAAAGAAUUUUUUGAGAAAACAAACUGAAGAAUAUCUAGAAACUUUACCCGGAGUGGAAAAUAAUAUAAAGCUGUACAGCAUUAGUUUUAAGAAAGAAAAUAAUACUGUUGAUGUAAAAAGCCAGAGUCAACCUGUGUUAAUUUCGAAAGAUGUAAUACAUCAAGACAAUUUGGAGAACAUCCACAAAGAGCAUCUGAAUUUUACCCAAAAAUAUAGUGGAGAAAUGCUUCAAGUUUAUGAAUCCUCUACAAACUUUCCUAGUAAAGCAGAGCAUAUUAAAUCAAACAAUAGUAAAGUUCAUAGUAAAAAACAGACAAAUACACUUCAAGAGAUAUUAGAUAUAUCUUUACUAAAGAAUCCAGUAUUUAUUUUAUUUAUCUUCUCCAAUUUCUGCACCAGUAUUGGAUUUUAUGUACCAUAUGUGUACGUAUUGCCUCAAGCUGAGGAACAAGGAAUUGAUAAAAACGAUGCUAGUUACCUUCUUGCAGUAAUUGGAAUCGCCAAUACCGUGGGUCGUAUAAUCUUAGGAUACGUAUCGGAUAAACCGUGGGUCAAUCGAUUACUAAUAUAUAAUUUAUGCCUUACAAUAUGUGGUGUUUCAACAAUGCUUAGUACGUUAUGUACAUCAUUUAUAUCAUUCACAUUUUAUUCUUCCAUAUUUGGAUUCACAUCUGGUGCCUAUGUAGGUCUUACAUCUGUAAUUUUAGUAGAUUUAUUGGGAUUAAAUUACCUUACAAAUGCUUUUGGCCAACUUCUAUUAUUUCAAGGUUUUGCAUCAUUUUUAGGACCACCCAUUGCAGGAUGGUUAUAUGAUGCGCUUCAGUCAUAUAAUCCUGGCUUUUUUACUGCUGGUGGUAUGAUUACUGUAAGUGGAUUAAUAUUAUUUUUUAUACCUUUUAUUCAACAAAAAUCAGAACGAAAUGUAAGCAAUCAAAGAGAGAAAAAUACAAUAAAUAAUGAAUUUGUUUGAUA